AUGUCAUUUUGUGUACGACUUGCUCGCAGUAAGCCCAUCCGUGUAUUAAGAAAUAUAGCUAUGAAAUGUUGGGCAUUCUCUGGAACGUAUAUACUUGCCUGUUUUCUUCUGUAUUGGUUGUACGGUGGACUGUAUGCUUUCUUUCUUCUUUGUUUCGCCACUACAGGUAUACUGUACCAUAGGGAAGAUCAGCUCGUGUAUCGUCCAGAAUGGCCAGCCAGUUCACGGGUAUAUGUUCCUGCGCCUUCGAUAUUUAAUUUACCUUAUCAAAGUAUAUACAGUAGAUCAGGAGACGGUACAAUGUUACACAUGUUCUUUAUUUCUCAACCAGAGGACAGAGUAAAACAGGUGCCUACGUUAUUAUUUCUUCAUGGCAAUGCUGGUAAUAUGGGCCAUAGACUUCAAAAUGUAGCUGAAUUAUAUCAUAAUAUUCAGUGUAAUAUUUUAAUGCUGGAGUACAGAGGAUAUGGGCUAUCUCAAGGUUCACCAUCCGAAGAAGGUUUAUACAUGGAUGCUUGUGCAGGAAUUAAUUACUUAUUUAGUAGAAACGAUAUAAAUACUAAUGAAAUUAUCGUAUUUGGAAGAUCAUUAGGUGGAGCGGUAGCUAUCCACUUGGCCACAAAACCAGAGAGCUCUCAAAAAAUUUGGUGUCUUAUUCUUGAAAACACCUUCACCAGUAUUCCCGAUAUGGCUGCAUUUCUUUUUGGAUUAAAAUUUUUACAAUAUCUGCCUCUUUUUCUAUAUAAAAAUAAGUAUUUGUCCAUUCUGAAAAUGCAGUCGGUAAUGGUACCUACGUUAUUUAUUUCUGGACUAACGGACACGUUAGUACCACCACGCAUGAUGCAAGACCUUUAUAAAAGUUGUAAAAGUUCAUGUAAGAAAAUUCUUCCAAUCAUGGGAGGUACACACAACGAAACAUGGCGUCAGCCACGAUAUUAUCAAAAUAUAUGCACUUUUUUGAAUGAGUUGAGGGAAAAUCCUCCGACGCAAGUAACGUCUACGCACUGGCAAAUAGACGAUAUAUAAUAACAAAUUACGAAGUUCAUUUUACCUCAAACGCGAUAAUUAUAUAUUUUAAAUAUUGUUCAAUACUAGGUCAAUGUAUUUUAAAAAAUACAGAUGGGAGGAGAGAGAGGG